AAGAAAUUAAUACAAACGAAGUCAGAACCAUUAUAAUAUGAGAUGAACAGGAGUUCGCUUUGAAGGUACUGGGAAAGAACAGCAAUACAUAGUUUGCAUAGUGUAGAUCUGAUCAUAUGCAGAUACUGGGAGCGACAUGGAGCAGCCGGAGAGAAACCCGUUCAGACUGCCCUCUGAUUCCGACAUUUUCCUACUGCUGAACCAGGAAAAGCAACAAAAAAUGACGGAGCGAGAGCAGCGACGCAGCCAGAAGGUGCACGAGAAGCUCACUUACACUGGGCGGAUGAAUGCCCAGCGGGCGCUGCUGAGGCGGGCACUAAGGGUGGGGGAGGAUGAAGAUGGGGAGCUGGCAGCAGGUGCAGGUGAAGAGGCCCUGGAGCUCAGGGACAACGCUGUCGGGAAACUCGCCAUGCUGAAAGAUCGCAAUAUUGAAAAAGAGAGCAUUAGAGAGUUUAUCUCCAAGAAGAGGGAAAUGAUCCUGCUGGAGUACUCCCUGGCGGUUAAGCAAGAGGAGAUGGAGAAGCUGGAGAAGGCUGCCACGGCCGAGGAGAGAAAGCUGGCCCAUGCCAGCAAGCUCCUGGAAGAGGACGCUCUCAUGUUUGACAGCUUCCUCCAGGAAAUCAACAGGAACUCGGCGGAGGCCAUAAAAAUUGCUGAACAGGAAACCAAAGUCAAGCUGGAGAGAAUAUCUGAGAUCAAGAAGAUCACAGCAAAAGUCACGAGUCUUAAAAGCGACAUUUCCAAAUACAAUGAAACCCUGGAGGAGUACAGGACAUACAAGAGGUUCCUGAAGAAGCUGGUGCCCGCAGAGUGGCUGGAGAAGCAGCGGGGUCUGAGCGAGAAGAGGAGGGAAGCCCAGUCUGCUGAAGAAGACAGGGAGAAGAAAAGCGGGCGUUCUGACAAGGUCUCCGUUACGAGGAGAGAGCUGCCUCCACUCCGGGAAGCUAGGACUCCAUCCCGACACCGUCUUAAGUCCUCCAGCCCAAAAAAUCAAGGAGAAACGCUGAUGACGUCAAAGACCGAGGACGCUGACUCAUCAGAUUGCGAGGAGGACCCAGUGUUGUACUUCACGAACCCGGAGCAGCUCCUGGACCUGCUGAACGAGCUGGAAGAGCAGAACCUCUCUCUGAUACAGAACUCCCGUGAGACCGAGGAGGCACUGGAGGAGUAUGCCCAGAUCAUGGAAGCCACACGCCAGAAGAUGGAACAAGAGAAGGAGCAGUUGACUCAGCAGAUUGAUGCCAUGACACGCAACAUUGAGCUGGAGAAGGAGCGAGCGGCUGAAAUGGAGCUCAAAGUCCAGCUAUUUUCUUUUGGGAACGUCAAAGCAGAGGACCAGGAUACCCUACUGGAGUCACUGACGUCUAAGGUGGAAGAGGUAUACCGAAGCUGCGUGGGGGACAGCGAGGCCAACCUGAGUCCGCUGGCCAUGCUUACAACCAUCGAGGGCCGACUGUGCGAGCUGCUGGAGUCCACAGAACUCAUCCCUCGGGAGCGUGUGCUCAUAGCAGAACGGGCCAAGGAGAAGGAGAGGAGACUCAGGCUUAGAGAGGAUAAGCUUCAGCAGAAGCAGCGGCAUCAGGAGGAAUGCAUGCGCAGAGCCAUGGAGAGGUCACAGGCAGCCGUAAAGAAAACCACUGGAAGGAAGCUGAUGUUCCGCUCUCAGCCCCCAGCAUUCAAAACAAAGGAGAGCACAGUUGCAGAAGUAACAGACAAGGAGAAAGAGGAGUAUCUGUACUUCUUCACCAUGAGCUGAAGGGGACAUGGAUGAUCAGAUCUUACCGAUCACUGGGGUGCUGGUAGUACCUGCAUCUUCAAACGGGGAAACAUCAUCAGUGAACAUGACAAAUGGGCAACAGAUAUGAAUACAUUUUGUACCUUUCAGCUUUUGAAUACGAUUGUUAGCUUGUAGAACAAUAAUUACUUUUAGAUCUUGCCCAAAAAUGUUUCAUACAAGUAUUUCCUGUUAUCUGGUAACAUUUUGGCAAAAAAAAAAAGAUGUUUUUCAUGUUUUUAGCAUUCUGUGAGAAUAGUCACAUGCUUAACAAGUAGGAAUACAUAUUGGUCAAGCUCUGGGACACAAAAUAGAACAGUUAUGGAUAUAUUAUUCAUACACAGGCCGUGAAGGCAUUGCAUCCUUUUAGAGACGUACACAUAGUAAUCAGAAAAUGUGAGGGUUAGACUAUAAUGGACUUUUCCAGGAGAGUAUAUGUCCCUUAUGCCACCACAGUACAUUUUAUUCUUGAAACAAUAUAAAAAUAAUUAUUGUUGAACAGAAUAUGACUUGAUUAUUAAGAACCGGCACUUUAUUGCACCUAUUUUUACUGCCAGGGUGGAAAAUACUACAAAAAUUUUGCACAAAAGCACAUGUAUCCUGUUAAUACUCACCUCCCAAAGCAACACAGACGUGAUACAGACAUUCGCUGUUGCUAUCAAAUGAUUAUUUAAAAAUGACUUGUGUAAAACGGUGGAAUGUGAAUAUCAGCAGGUUCUAUCAGUGGAUGUUUUCCCUCUGUAACAUGUGACCUGCACCUGGAAAAUAAUGUUUGAAAACUA